AUGGCUCAAGCAAUUGGACGACCUUCAAGUCGCUUCAUAAAUAUAGUCCAUGCUAUCACGGACGUCACAAAGUAUCAACCAGUGCUAUACUGGGCGAAGACUGAAGCUUACCAUGCUCGGCUCUGCCAGUGCGCCAUCGAGUCACUACCGAGACGAUAUCACAACCAAGCGAUACUUACGCUGAUACCUGUGAAACAUAUUUUCACGUUCAGUUUUGAUCGGAUUGGAGGGAACAGAACAUCAUGGAGUCGAUCUCAAUCCAUCGACCGCAGAUCCAUUGGUGCUGCCCUGAUGAUCCAGAUUGAGACUGUUUGGAGUUUGGAGGCGUACCGGAGGGCAUGUCAACGCAGCCGUAGAUCGCACCUGAAAUCCGCGCUGUCUUUAUCGAUGUUAGCUGGUGAGAACCAUCUCCGCGCGUUGCUCCUUGCGCAAGUGGGUGUACAGUAUUUGCAUACGGCACCUGCGCAUGCUAUGGAGACGUUGGCCGUGUACGAGACGCUUGGCACUGGGUUGGGCUCGAAGCAGGAGUGUUGUAUGUCAUACCAGAGAAGGAGCCAGAACCGUUGUGGCGGGGCUACCAACGCUAACUGCUGCGAUGUAGCCUACAGCAUCAUUUGUCACGGCAAUGCUACCAGUACGAUUGCUGAGUAUUUCGCCGACACUUUUGAGGGCGGCCGCGCGAGAUUAAUCGUGCUGCAAGAGGUUUAUGGUACCACCAGAUGUAUUCAGCCUCCUGGUGAUGGGGGGAGUCGCAAAUUUCAACAGGCGAUGCCGCGAUGGAAAAGGCCAAGAGAAGAGUCAUCAACAGGGAUCCAAUGA